AUGAAGGUUUUCUCCCCAUUACUGAAGUUGAAAACCGGCGAAGCCUUCAGGUGGGAUAGUGUUCACCAGGAAGCGUUUGAUCAGAUAAAGGCUUACCUAACUAGGCCUCCAGUCCUGAUGCCUCCAAGAAAGGGAGUGCCUCUGAAGUUGUAUGUAUCUGUGGCAGAAGCCUCAAUAGGAAGCUUGCUAGCGCAAGAUAAUGAGGCCAGAAAAGAACAGGCUGUGUUCUAUCUGAGUUGGGCCCUAACGGAGGUGGAGCGAAGAUACCCAGUCAUUGAGAAGCUCUGCUUGGUGCUAUUUUUCUCUUGCAGCAAGCUUAGGUACUACCUCUUGCCGACUACGGUGAAUGUGGCCAGGAAGCUAAUCCAGGGAUUCCAGGAUGUGGUCCUCCGCCACAUCCCACGGUUGAAAAAUCAGGCCGUAAACGGUUUGGUUCAGGCAGUGUCCGGGAUCGGGCUACCAGAAGGCAGUUUGGAAAGGACCAUUGUCAUCAAGAGGCAGACGCGGUCUUCCAUCCUUGAGGGCAGUCAACUAGUGGUCAAUUACAUCGAGGACACGCAGCCUGAUUGGCGAACACCGAUCACCCAGUAUUUGAGCAGCCCUGAACCAGAGUUUAACAGAAAGAUUAGGGAUAGAGCCAUAGGAUACGAGCUAAUCGGAGGAGACCUCUAUAAAAAGGGAAAGGAUGACCUUUUACUCAAAUGCGUCAGUCUGAAUGAAGCAACAUUGAUCAUGGCCGAAGUGCAUGAGGGCAUAUGUGGAGCGUACCAGGCCGGUCCCAAGAUGAGAUGGCUAAUUCGGCGCCACAGGUAUUACUGGCCAAUGGUGGUGAAAAAUUGUGUCAGAUAUGCUAAGGGAUGUUGGGCAUGUCAGACCCACGGGCCAGUGCAGUGGUUGCCAACAACAGAGUUUAACCUAGUAAUCAAGCCAUGGCCAUUCAAGGGAUGGGCCAAGGACCUCAUAGGGAAGAUUACUCCCUUGGCUACACGGGGACAUUGUUUCAUCAUUGUAGCUAUUAAUUAUUUUACCAAGUGGGUUGAAGCUGUGCCGAUGAAGGGAGUCAGUCAGAUGGAUGUCAUCCAGUUCCUCAAGAGUCAUAUUAUCCAUAGGUUUGGGCUCCCAGAAACUAUCACCUGUGAUAAUGGGAGCAUUUUCACUGUGGACGAGGUCAUUGCAUAUGCAGCUGAGUUGGGGAUAACAUUCACCCAUUCUACCCCGUACUACGCCCAAGACAACGGACAGGCCGAGGCUAGUAACAAGAUUCUGAAAGGGUUCUUGGCUAAGGUUGUGGAUGACAACCCACAAAGGUGGGCAGACAUGCUCUCUGAAGUGCUUUGGGCAUUUAGGACAUCACAUCGGACCAACACGGCUACUACACCCUUUGCUUUGACAUACGGCCAUGACACGGUGGUCCGGGUACAGGACUUUCACCAGUAUAGUCUUUAUGCUAGGUUCAAUGCCCUAGGUUGGGCUUCUAUGUUGACACCCACCGAGCAUUGUUAUCCCUACUUGGUUUGGUACUUCUACUGUAACGUAGUGCCUUCUAGUGCACAGGAGUUCGGAGUAGAGAAUAGGGUGAAGGAUGUGGAUAUCCGUCUGACCACUGCUUCACUAGCAGAGAUCUUGAGUUUUACCUGA